AUAGACCCUGCCUUUUGACUGAGUCCAUCAUGGAGACUGCUGUUGGUGUGCUGGUUUCUCAGUUCAAGGCAUAUGCUGGCAGAGACGGUUCCUCUGACACACUCAGCAGGGAUGAGUUUCAAAAACUGGUCAAAUCAGAGCUCCCCAACCUUGUCAAGAAUGCUGGUGACCCUGCUGCCAUUGACCAGCUCAUGAGGUCAUUGGACAAUAACAAUGAUGGAGAGCUCAGCUUCCCCUAGUUCUGGCAGCUGAUUGGGCAUCUUGCAAGCAAACAUGGAGGAUUCAGCCAAUAGAGUCCUUUUUCUUUAAGUUGCAUGUGUGCAACUAAACUUUCUGAGUGCCACAUAAUAAGAAAAGGGAAAUCCUUCAUAAAGGAAAUCAUCUCAGUCUGUUUCCUCUAUUAAAGAGUUCAACAAGUCAGUUCACUGCUCUGAUAAAAUUAUAGGCAAACUUUAAGCACUAAAGCAGUUUCAUAACAUUUUGUUGGUUUUAUUUAAAUCAGUGUCUCUCUGUUUCUUUCUCAAAUGUAAUGAU